CCCCUCUUUCACAGUGAGCUAGAGGUCAGAGUUGAAUGUUUGACAGAAGCUUGAUAUGGAUUCCAUAUUUCACGAGAAACAAGAGGGCUCUCUCUGUGCCCAGCAUUGCCUCAAUAAUCUUCUUCAAGGCGAGUAUUUCACUCCAGUGGAUCUGUCCUCCAUUGCUCAUCAGCUUGAUGAAGAAGAGAGGAUGAGGAUGGCAGAGGGAGGUAUGGCAAGUGAGGAGUACAGGACCUUCUUACAGCAACCAUCUGGUAACAUGGAUGACAGUGGGUUCUUUUCAAUACAAGUUAUUAGCAAUGCUCUUAGAGUGUGGGGCCUGGAGCUAAUCCUCUUCAACAGCAGGGAAUACCAAAGCCUGAUGAUAAAUCCAAUAAAUGAGAAAGCCUUCAUUUGCAACUACAAGGAACACUGGUUUACUAUACGUAAGCUUGGACAACAGUGGUUUAACCUGAAUUCUUUGCUGACUGGACCAGAGUUGAUAUCAGACACGUAUCUAGCCCUUUUCCUUGCACAGUUACAACAGGAAGGUUAUUCCAUAUUUGUGAUCCGAGGAAACCUCCCAGAGUGUGAAGCCGAGCAGAUUCUUGCGUUCAUGAGAGUGCAGCAGCAGCAACGACCCAGGCUCAUUGGAGAAGAAGAGGCCCAGACAAGCGCAGGAAGCAGGUCAGCCACUCUGGCCCAGACAGAAGUGGGCCUUGGUCUGGAAGAUGAGGUUGUGGAUGAAGACGAGGAACUGAAGAGAGCCCUGGCACUUAGCAGACAAGAAAUAGAUGUGGAAGAUGAAGAGGCAGAUCUUCGCAGGGCUAUACAGCUUAGCAUGCAAGGAGCAGUAGUAAGCAACAGGUCUUCAGAGACUGAAAUGGGAAAUGUGAAAUCUGGCAGCCAAGCAGCUGGGAGCACUGCAGGAGGACAAAAAGGCCCCAAUGAGACGCUCACAGCUGAGGAACUGAGGAAGAGGAGACAAGCCUACUUUGAUCGGCAGCAGCAACAAGUUCAGUCCAACAUUCCUCCACAACUAGACACAAAAUCAACAGCUGCCUCAGGUUCAGAGAAUACCAGCUCUGAGGUGGACCAACAGCACAAGCCCAGCCAGUGAAGUUUGCCUAUUUUUGCCUAUGUUGUUUACCAGCUGCCUGGAUUGGCAACCCUCUAAAGGGGUAGCUUUGCUCCUUCCUCUAACUAUUUGCACAUGCGAACAUAAGGACAGUCAGAUGGCUGACACUUUUUCCCUGGUUAGUUCGCUGACAGGCUUUAGAGAAGAGAACGACAACCACGAAAAGGCAGCAGUUAGUCUAAACUAACUCGGUGAGGCACUGAGGAUGGAAAAAAGGGUGACCACAGAAACUCACGAUGCAGUGUAUCCAAGUUUGCAAAUGCCUUUUUACCAUGGCGCCUUCGAUUUCUAUUGUAUAAUGUUUUUUAUUCUUUUUUUGGGGGGGGGUUGAGAGGUUGAAAGAAAUCUUGAGUAUACAGAGGCUGUGUUUACAUGUUGGUGAAUACAUACAGAAAUGGGUGCUCUGUGAAAGCCACUGGUUAAACCUCAGAUAAAGGUUUUAUGGAUGACAGGAUCUCUUACCUUUAUCUUUGUAUUGGACUUGAGUUUGUAGGCCAUAAAUCUGACCCUGAUGCCUACCCUACCACGACACUGGUGUAGUUUAAAAUUAUUUUUUGUUGCAACGUACUGUAAUGUCUUUCACCCAUCAUUAACACACAUUAGCUUUUUAAGUUUGGCACCAUUAGUCAUUUAAUGUGUAAACUCCAAUGAGUGAGAGCUCCUGAGGUAUUUAAACAACAUAUUUUUUUAUGUUGUGGCUUUGCUAUUACUGUAAACAUCUUAGUAGACAUAAAGACAGUUCAGAAUACAUAGCUUGCAAAUACUUAAUAAGGCUGUUUGGUCCAUUUUGGAUAGAUGAGUAAAAUAAUAGUGCUUUUUGCUGAUGAUAUUUUUGACCAAUACAUAGCUUUCAUAACUUGUCCAAUAAGUAGACAUACCUUUGGAAAUCCUUAAUCAUUACAGAUAAACAAAAAGAUUAACUCAAACCAAACGGAUUCAGGAGCAUCCAGCCAGUUUACUGAUUAUACAUAUGGCACUUAGUUUACUUCAUCAGUAUUUGUUACAGCAAUCACAAAGUCAUAAAAAGACAUGACUGUUUUAUUAAGAAUUCCCUUUUCAACACCCCAUUCUCAACUUUUAGACUAAUCCUUGAAUUGCACUUAUUUGAUGUAUGCUGUAUUCCAAUAAUACUUAAAGCAAUGGUAUUCAUAUUAAGAUAAAUUAUUGGUUGUGGUUCAUUUGUGAGUCACUGGCUGAUUAAUGACCUUUUUAAAAAAAAAAGAAAAAUAGUGAAGUUUAAAGGUGACUGUUAUUUAGCCUCUAAAGAGAGGCCCAAGUAAAAAUCCAAAGAGAAAUGCAGUCAGACAUCAGUAUAUGUCAGUAAGUUACAUUUCUUUUUGCAUUUUGUUCUGACUUUUGCUGGUUUUCCUUUCCAAACUUAUGUUGAGACCCACAAACCAAAGUCUGCGGUUUCAACACUCAACAUUAGCCCUUAGUCAUCAGUAGAGUGCAAAAAACAAAUCAUUACAGUUGUUUACAUUCUUUGUGUUUUCAUGGAAUCUAUCAUGAGUAGAUAAACAUUUACAGCAUUAACAUAUCUGGAUGAAAUGACUGAUUCCAUGACUUCAUUACUGUGUUUUCCUUUAGGUUUGUCAGGCUUUUAAAAAUGCAACGAAGACAGUGAUGAAAUGUUGGUAGUUGGAUUUUUAUGAGGACAUUAUUUUUACUCACUACAUUCUUACAAUAAUUACUAAUUCCUAUUUUUUCUGUUUUAUUUCACAUGUUAAAUCUGCACAUUAUUUCAUUUCAUGUAUUAGUUCUUGUUGGAGAAUUAAAGUGACAUUCACUCCUUGA